GCGCGUCGGUUGUCGCGCGUUCGUUUCGCGAUUGUCGUUCCGCGCGGAGACGGCCCUAAUAAGCAACGCAGGCACGCGAGGAAGCAUGACAACACAGCGAUAAUCUCUACUUCGCAGUCGGAACCAAGAGCCUUAAGAUGCAGACCGCAAUUUGCAUGACAAAUAUAUCCGGCGUGCCGGAUAAACACUGGCAACCACCGUUUGUCGCCUUCGAAACUACGAUGGGUGAGAUAACCGUGGAAUUGUACUGGAAGCACGCUCCUAUCACGUGCAGGAACUUUGCCGAGCUCACGCGACGUGGAUAUUACAACGGCACCAAGUUUCACAGAGUCAUCCGUGAUUUUAUGAUCCAAGGUGGAGAUCCUACUGCAACUGGCAAAGGGGGGAUGUCUAUAUACGGUGACUGUUUCGAUGACGAGAUACAUGAUGAUUUGAAACACACAGGCGCUGGAAUAUUAUCGAUGGCAAACUCGGGACCAGACACAAAUGGAUCACAGUUUUUCAUUACGCUCGCACCUACUCAGUGGCUUGAUGGCAAGCACACUAUAUUUGGGAGAGUCCAUUCCGGGAUGGCGAUAGUCAAAAGAAUUGGAUUAGUCGAGACAGAUAAGAAUGAUCGACCAGUAGAUGAUGUUAAAAUUGUAAAAGGCUCCGUGAAGAAUGCGUAGUAAAUUUUUAUAAGAAAACCUUAGGAAAUGAGAUAUAUAAACUGCGAAUUUUUAUGUACGAGACUGCACAUCCUCAAACAUGCAAUUAAAUAAUAUUUUCUUUCCUACGUA